AUGGGCAGCCUACCGGACCUGACGGAGCGAUCGCGGCCGCACAGCAUCCGCCCCGCCGCGCGGACCGUGUCCGACCCCCAUCGAAACCGAGCUGUCAUCUCACAAAUUCCAGUCAGCACGAUAUGCAAAAAAGAAUGGCCGUGGAGGAAAUCCAAAAUUCCAAACAAAGUACCUGCUGUCGUUGCCAAUCGCCGGAGGGAAUCCGCUGCAUCAUCAGUCGGAGCUGCCUCCGUUCGUCGUCUCAUAACGAGACAACCACCCCAAAUACCCAAACCUCUUGUCUCACGGUUCACUCUUCUUUGUAUAGCCAAUGGUCUAUUUUCAACAGCUCUGUUACCAUUCACAGCUGUCGCCGGUGCAGAAGCCGGAGCACUGCCUUUAGCAACUAUGCACACAGUUGCAGCAAUAAUAGCACCUUUUUCUCCUCUAAUUCUACAAAAAUCAGGAACCCGAAUAGUUAUCACAGUAGCUCACGUACUGGUCUGCAUACUUUUUAUUGCACACACUGUAGAAACUCCUUUGUCAAUUUUACUACCAUUAUAUGCUAUUUGUGGCAUAACUUUGUCGCCGAUGUCACUAGCUUUAUCUGUAUCUGCGACAUCUCUGGCGCAAGCUGUCGGCGAUGAGUGCAGGCGAAGAAUUGCUUUACGAAGAGCGUUAAGAGCGCUCCGAGCUGCUCAAGAUUUAGGACUCAUGUUUGGAUCACUCCUACUGGGCGGAGCUUUAUUAAUUUGGCCCGAAAAUCUUUUAGUGCCAGUACCAAAUUUACCAACCAACUUAUCUUUGUCUAAAUGGUCAAUAGAUGAGUCUUUGGACGAUGAUUAUGAGGAAAGAACAUGUGGCUCAGCAGGCUGCCCAGGAGUUCAAUUUUUAUUGGGAUCUUCAUUGAGCUCGGAAGGUCGUAGGUUCCUCGUAGCUCUUUGGGCAGUAUUGGCUCUAGCUGCAGCGUGUCUCGGGCUGUAUGGGGCGGCAUCAACACCAGCUCCACCUCCAGAUGCUCGCUCAGUGAUAAGGGAUCCGAGAGCGUUGCUUGGAGCUCCCAUGGGAUUAUUUAUCGGUCUUCAACAGGGAUUUAUCUAUACGUCUUAUAUUAAGUGGUACGGGGUAUGCGUGGGGGGGUGGAGUGGUGCAUGGAGGGCUCUGUGCGGUGCUGGGGCACUGCAAACCCUAGCCGCAGCAACAUUGAGUAUGGCAGCGGCUCGAGGCCGGCGUGGGGCUCUAGCCGCAGGAGGAGCCGCGGCACAUGCAUCACUUCUCCUAGCUUUACUGCGAUGGAGAGCGGCCAGAAGUGAUCUAGCCCUACCUGCGGUCGCAGCUGCCGCCUGGGGCGCUUGUGCAGCACUGUGGGAUGUACUACAGGCGGGUAUAUGCGUCGGUGGAGGAGGCUGGCGGGGGCCGUGGUCAGCCAUAUUGGCAGCACGGCACGCUGGUCUAGCACUAGCCUGUGCAGCUCGUUCACUCCUGUGUGUGCGCACGCAACUUGCCGUGCUAGCGCUUGCACUUGCGUCUGCGCUCGCCUCACACGCCGUGCUCGAAUUGCGCAUGCGACGUACUGAGCGACACCGUUCC